GUAUCCCCUGGAGUAGGCAAGCGGGAACUUAGAAUCUAUGACCUGAAAAUACCUAAUACAGUCUAUAUGCAAUUAAAAACUACUACUGUUUUGUACAUAUAUCGUGCACAGGGAAGGAUUUUUGUAAGAACAGAUCAACAAUAACCAGGAUUUCUUGCAUUUAUUUCCCUCAUUGGACGAGUCCAUUUCUCUUCUGUUACGAAAUGCUUAUAACCAGUCGAAAUACAUUUUGCAGCGUCUGAUUGGCUUAUUAUUUUUCCUGAAAAUGAUCAGGAGAAUUACAAAUUGCUUGGUUUUGAAGACAAAUUUGACAUUGAGUCUUUCCAAAUUCUCCGCUUGUUCCAUUUAUUGAAGAUAAAACAUAGCGUUGAAUUUCUGGGCAAUGACGAGAAUCGAACCAGCGCCUUCGCCCUCUUAAUUCAUCAUUAAAUUUGUUUCUGAGAAUUGAGGCAGCGAAACGAAAACGAAAUGUUAUAAAUUGUUUUUUGGCUAGGAAGGAGAGGAAGACAAUGCUGCUUGGAAGAUUGAAGGAGAAAGCCAUUUAUCAAAGGAGCCCUCUGUUCAGCGGCAUCACUUGUGCAUUCCUCAAUUCAACCGUCCCCUCCCAAGAAAAAUGGUGGAAGAACCAAUGGGGUGCUGAUGUACCUGGGAGUACAGAUGCAUCAAAGAAUUAUGGAAAAUAUGUAAAACGAGCACAGAGAGCUGAAGCAAAGAGAGCCCUGAAACGGCUCCAGGGUAUCAACAAGGCUCCGAAGAAAUUAUUUCAGGGUGGCGUUACAGGCUGGGAGGCAUGGAGAAAGAUAAACCAACAAACAUGGCAAAAUGCCAAUACUUGGAAAAACUUUAAUAAUGAAGCAAAUUCAAAACCAAGGACCAGAGUGAAAUCCAAUGCAAACCAUUCAGCAAGAUCUAGAGAGAGGGCAAAAGAAAAUAAGAGGAAAAGUAAAAAUAAAAACACACAUUUUCCUUGGGAUGAUGAUCCAGAUGAGAAAGUUUUUGAAGUGAAGCUUGGAGGGAGAUGGUUUUAUUGGUCAUUUAGUAAAUUGGAUGAGUUCAAGAACCAAAAAUCGUGGAAUUGGACUAGAAGAAGAACAUAUUUAGAGAAUGAUGAGAGUGAAGAUGAGACUCUCAGUAUAGGAUCAGCCUCUGACAGAGUGACUCUUGGUUUAGCUCCCAAUGGCCCUUUGAAACUAGAUGAUGUUAAGCAAGCGUUUCGUCAAUGUGCUCUCAAAUGGCAUCCUGAUAAGAAUCCAGGUCCUUCAAAGGUAAUAGCCGAGGAGAAUUUCAAACGUUGUGGUGCUGCAUACAAAGCAUUGUGUGAUGCUUUCUCAGUCUUUUAAUAAUUUAAUUUUUACUUUAGGAUGUGCGGUGUUUAGGAAAAGUAUAAGUAGGCAGGAUUAUCAUAAAAUAACAAUAGAAAGCUAUCAAAGAAUUGUUUAUUGUUCUUGCUGGUGGUUGCUCGGUCAUGCCUUGCACUCUCUGGCUUGUGGUUGUUACUAAUUGAAUGUGCAUUUUAGGCUGUUUACUACAGUGGCAUAUCCUAGGGAUUUGUGCCAGGAUGAUGUUCUCCACAGAUAGGUCUAUUGAAAUUGUUAUGGUGGUCUUAAUAAACACUUUGAACACAAUGGUCAUUUUUAGCCCGUGCAACUUAUUAUUAAAAAAUUUAUGUAUGCCUGUUAACUGGUUCUACACU